AUGAAGUUGGAUAAAUACAGUAGAUUCUUAACUAAAAAAAGUGAUGGGGUCGAGAUGAUUUUGAAACUUACAUGGAAUGGUUGCCCACCCAAAGACCCAUUGAUUGUCUCCAAGAUGCAGGAUAAGCCACUUGAAGAGCAAAUGCUUCAAAAGAUUUGGCAAAGGAAGCCAAGGAAAGCAUGA